GGGAAGAUGGCGGCGGCGCUGGCUCCCCCGGCGCCGGCCCCGGAAGGAGCGCCCCCGCCGCCGCCGCCCCCGCCCCCGCAGGCCCCCCCGCACGAGAUCAAGAGCCAGUUCCGCACCCGCGAGGGCUCCUACCGGCUGCUGGGCGGCCCCGAGCCGCGCGCCCGACCCGCCGCCAGCGCCCCUCCGGCCCCGCCGCCGCCCCCCCUGCCGCCCGCCGGAGCCCCCGCGCCGCCCGCCCCGUCGCUGCCGCCCGUGCGCCUCUCGCUGGUCCGCCUGGGGCUGGGCGGGGGCGGCGGCGGCGGAGGAGGGGGAGGCGGCGGGGCCUGCGCUGACGGAGGCGGGCGGCCGGGCGCAGAGCGGAGCCGCGUCUGCUUCAACCUGGGCCGGGAGCUCUACUUCUACUCGGGCGCCGCCGGGCGGGGACGGAGGUCCAUCGAUCUGAAGAAACCCAUUGACAAGCGGAUCUAUAAGGGGACGCAGCCCACCUGCCAUGACUUCAACCAGUUCACGGCGGCUUCCGAAAGCAUCUCCCUUUUGGUUGGCUUCUCGGCUGGGCAAGUGCAAUACUUGGAUCUGAUCAAGAAAGAUACCAGUAAGCUAUUUAAUGAGGAGAGGCUCAUCGACAAGUCAAAGGUCACCUUUGUGAAGUGGAUCCCUGAGUCGGAGAGCCUCUUCCUGGCCUCCCAUGCCAGCGGUCACCUGUACCUGUACAACGUGGAGCAGCCCUGCGUCUCGGCCGCCCCCCAGUACACCCUCCUCAAGCAAGGCGAGGGCUUCACGGUUUACGCCUGUAAGAGCAAGAACGGCCGGAACCCGCUGCUGAAGUGGGCGGUGGGCGAAGGGGCCCUGAACGAGUUUGCCUUCUCACCCGACGGCCGCUACCUGGCGUGUGUCGGCCAAGACGGCUGCCUGCGGGUUUUCCAUUUCGACUCCAUGCUGCUGCAGGGCAUGAUGAAGAGCUACUUUGGGGGGCUGCUGUGCGUCUGCUGGAGCCCCGACGGACGCUACAUCGUCACAGGGGGUGAGGACGAUCUGGUCACGGUUUGGUCCUUUGCAGAGGGCCGGGUGAUCGCCCGGGGCCAUGGACACAAGUCCUGGGUCAACGCGGUGGCUUUCGACCCCUACACCACCAGCACGGAGGACGAGGAGAGUGGGGAGCUGAGCGGCAGCGAUGAGGACCUCCAGGAUUCGUCCGAGUUCCGGCGGGUGAGGACCAGCAGCACUCUCUCCCACCUGUCCAAGCACAGCGCCAAAAGCACCCCUUCGGUCACCUACCGAUUUGGCUCUGCCGGGCAGGACACCCAGUUCUGCCUCUGGGACCUGACCGAAGACGUCCUGUACCCCCACCACCUGCUGCCCCGCACCCGAACGCUCACCAACACCUUCGGCACCGGCAUCCCUCCUUCGGGCAGCGGGGGCAGCAACCUGGCCGCCGAGUCGGGCGGAGGGCCGCUCCCCCGCUCCCUCUCGCGCUCCAACAGCCUGCCGCACCCGACCGUCACCAGCGCCGCCAAAAGCCACGCAGUGGACGGGGCGGUGCCCUUCAGCAUCGGCAAAUUCGCCACCCUCACCUUGCAGGAGCGGAGGGACAAAAACGCGGAGAAAGAGCACAAACGUUACCACAGCCUGGGCAACAUCAGCAAGAGCAGCGACAAGCUGAACGUGGUGCCCAAGAGCAAGCUGGACACGGCCAAGGUCUUGGGCACGGCCCUGUGCCCCCGCAUCCACGAAGUGCCCCUGCUGGAGCCCCUGGUGUGCAAGAAGAUUGCCCACGAACGGCUGACCGUCUUGCUUUUCCUGGAGGACUCUAUCAUCACCGCCUGCCAGGAAGGGCUGAUCUGCACCUGGGCCAGGCCAGGCAAGGCGAUCCUGAAUUCACAGAACAGGGCCUCUCCCAGUGGCACAAUCGUGUAAUCGGCACUAACUCGCGCUCGGCUUGCUCUCCGGUUUGGAACCGGAGUGGAAAGGUUUCCGGUUCCUUUGCCCCGCGGAGCAAACUUGACCAAGACGGGAAAGUUUUCCGACGUUUUCAACGUGUGUGCAGGUUGUGUCUCCCCAUCCCUCGCCUGUGAAAGCUGACUUGUGUGGCCAUUUGGAAUCCUAACCGUUAACCUCUCGAGACCAACGACCUAGUGCAGGACGAACGGCGCCUCUCCGCUAUUUAAAAGUAUUAAUUAACAAA